AUGGGGCGGGCGGGCAGCCGAGGCCGCAGGGCGGCAGGCAGUCGCGACUCUGACACCCUGAAGGCAGUCAACAACCUGCUGCUGGAGCGUGACAGUCCGGCUGCCCUGACCCAGCUGCGCAAGAUAGCGGCGAUCCGUGGCCUGGUCAAUGACGGGCUGCGCGCGCGGGUGUGGCCGCACCUGGUGGGAGUGGGCAGCGUGGCGCAGGAGGAUGGGGCCGCGGACUACCAGCGGCGGCACGGCAGCACCCACAAGGACAGCAAUGUGUUGGCCUGCUGGCCCGAGGGGGAGCGCGAGGCCAAGCGGCGCGCGCUGCGCCGUGUGCUGGACGGCGCUGUGGCGGGCAACGAGGGCGGCCUCUACUAUUACCAAGGCCUGCACGACGUCGCCGCCGUGCUGCUGUUUGUGUGCGGCGAGCCGGCCGCCUACCGCCUGCUGCGCGCGCUGGCCGCCUGCCACCUGCGCGACUGCACGCGCCCCGACCUGGCCGCCGCCACCGAGACGCUGCGGCUGCUGUACCCCAUUUUGGAGCAGUGCGACACCGAGCUGUACCGCUAUCUGCUGGGGCUGCAGGAGCCGGCGCUGGAGGUGCCCUACUUUGCGCUCAGGCACGGCGCAGCAUGCACAGCAAGGGCCGCACGGCGCCAGGUGGCGCCUUGCAUGGCCUGGCACCCUGCAGCCUGGUACAUGACCUGGUUUGCCCACGACGUGCCCGGGCUGCACCAGAUAGCUCGCCUGUUUGACCUGUUCCUCGCCUCCCACCCGCUCAUGCCGCUGUAUGUGGCAGCGGGCAACCGGCGCGAGAUUCUGGAGUGCGGCGAGGACGGGCUGGCUGUGUAUGGCACCCUCAGGAGGAUGCGGUUCCUGCAGCCGGGGCAGCCCGACGCCGAUGAGCUGGCGCGGCAGGCGGCGGCGCUGUACCAGGCGGUACCGCCGGUGGUGCUGGCAAAGCGCCGCGGCAUCCAGCUGCGCCACUCGGCCGCCAUAGAUGCCUACCUGAGCGAGGGACGUUGGAAGGUGCCGGCAGAGCCCCGGGGCGCCCGCCACCCGUUUGGCCAGCAGGCCGUGCAGCAGCUGCAGGCCCUGUUCGUCCCGCAGGGAGGAGCCGGGCAGGCGCGGGGCGCUGCGGCGCUGGCAGCAGUGAUCACCAGCGUCACGGGCUUGGCGGCCUUUGGAGCCAUCCUUCUGGCGCAGAUGCAGGCGGCUCAGUGGGGCCGGUGA